AUGGGUAUGCAGACGGCUGCAGCGGCGGCGGCGGCGGCAGCAUCGGCAGGAGCGGCGGCGGCGCGGACGGGUUCGACCAGAGCGCCGUCAUCGACAGUAGCAUCGGCGGGAGCGGGGGCGAUGUGGACGGCUUCGGCCAGAGCGCCGUCCCCGACAGCAGCAUCGGCGGUGGCGGCAACCGUGACGGGGGGAACGGCAGCAGCAGCAGCAGCGGCGGCGUCCCCGGUCGCGGCGUUGGCGUUGGGUGUCCAGACGGCCGCAGAGGCGGCGGUGCCGACAUCAGUGACGGGGGUAACGGCAGCGGCGGCAGCAGCAGCGGAGUCCCCGGUCACCGCGUUGGCGUCGGGUANCAUCGGCAGGAGCGGCGGCGGCGCGGACGGGUUCGACCAGAGCGCCGUCAUCGACAGUAGCAUCGGCGGGAGCGGGGGCGAUGUGGACGGCUUCGGCCAGAGCGCCGUCCCCGACAGCAGCAUCGGCGGUGGCGGCAACCGUGACGGGGGGAACGGCAGCAGCAGCAGCAGCGGCGGCGUCCCCGGUCGCGGCGUUGGCGUUGGGUGUCCAGACGGCCGCAGAGGCGGCGGUGCCGACAUCAGUGACGGGGGUAACGGCAGCGGCGGCAGCAGCAGCGGAGUCCCCGGUCACCGCGUUGGCGUCGGGUAUCCAGACGGCCGCAGGGGCGGCGGCGGCGGCACCGGUGACGGAGUCCUGGAGGAGCUUGAUAGCCAAUGUGCUGGGGGGGACGUGAGCUACAGCAGCAGCUGCAGCAGCGAGGACAGCGGCGGUGAUGGGAGCGUGGACGAGGGGUUGGAAGAAAUAUGGAGUGGAGCCCUGACGCACCCUUUCGACCCCGGGAAGGCUGAGGGGGACGUGAGCAGCAGCAGCGAGGUGAGCGGUGGUGAUGGGAGCGGGGAUGAGGGGUUGGAUGAAAACUGGAGUGGAGCCCCGAUGCACCCCUUCGACCCCGUUACGACAUCUACGCGUGGCGCGAGGAGACGGGGGGCGGUACCAGGGGUGACGCACCCUUUCGAUAGGGGCAGGAACGGGAGUGGCAGCUCCGGCGGCGGAAACGGCGGCAACGGCGGCAGCCGCAGCAGCAACGGGAGUGGCGGCUUCGGCCAGAGCUCCGGCAGCGACACCGGCGGCAGCAGGAGCAGCGACGGGAGUGGUGGCUUCGGCCAGAGCUCCGACGGCAGCACAAGACUGCAGCGGCGGCUUUGGCCAGAGCCCCGUCGGCGGCAGCGGCGACAACGGCGGCAGUGGUAGGGGCGGCAGCAGCGACGUAACCGGCAGCUGUGUUGGCGCUGGAACUCAUGACGGUCGUGGCGGCGGGGGAACGGCAACGGCGGCGAUGGCAGCGGCGGCAGCAGCGGUGGCGCCCUCGAGUCGACCGGGAACGGGGAGGAAACGGUGACAGCGACGACCUCACCUUGUUACAGCCAUGUGGGAGAACAUGUGAAACGUUUUCGACUUUGUUCGGUUUUGUGAGCAGGCAUGUACGUUUUAGCUUCGCCAUGUGGCUUCGUAUUUAUUCUUUUGUUCUGUUUUUCCCUUGCUAGCGCACCGUGCACUUUGAUGCAGAAAACACGUUUAUGCUUCGGCGUGUGCGUUUUUU